CACUUAAUUAUCGUCUUUCUCCACAAAACCAAUUUCCUACUGCUCUUUGUGAUUCCAUCGCUGCUUAUCUAUAUCUUAUAAAUCCUGGACCAAAUGCAGGGUUUGAACCGAUCAACCCUAAAAGUAUUGUAUUGGCUGGUGAGAGUGCGGGUGGCAAUUUAGUUUUUGCUACACUCUUAUCUUUAAGGGAUGCUGGAUUACCAUUACCGGCGGGCGCAAUUGCAUUGGUUGAUUUAACUCAAAGUAUGCCAUCCAAAUGGGAUUCCGAAAUGGAUAGAGUAGAUUUUAUACCUUCAGAUCUAGAGUUUUUUAUGAAGUUUCCAUCAUCGCCUGCCAUGGAUGAAUUUUUUGUCAAUGCAAAAGCUCUAGCUGAUAAAAUCGCUCUAAAAAAUCCUAAGAUUGUUAGUCAUCCUUCUUUUAGUGAAGUACCUCGUAUUUAUAAAAUUUUGAUUUCUAGCCCCAUGCUUGCUGAGUCAUUAGGAAAUUUACCACCUAUUCUAUGUCAAGUUGGAGGUGAUGAAAGAUUUCGUGACGAAGCUAUUCUAAUUUCUCAUAAAGCUGCGAGUCCUCAUGAAUAUCAAUUGCCUUCAUAUGCAACUAAAAAUUUUGAAAAAUCACCUUUUAAAAAACCUACUAAAGUUAUACUUGAAGUCUAUGAUGAUAUGCCUCAUGUCUGGCAUAUGUUUACUUUUUCUAAACCUUCACAAGUAGCAGUCGAACGUUGUCGUGAUUUUAUAAAACGUGUUACUUCUACUGAUGACAAUAAUACUUCCAUGAUUGAUCUUAUUAAAGAAGAUGUAGUGUCCCCUUCUAUUUCUGCUUCACCCUCAUUUAUUGCAAUGAGAGUUGGUACAGAUGGUACGAUCAGAGAAUUGAAUGAAGCCGAUAGAGAUUGA